GCUACAAACUAGCUACAAAACGUGGUUUAAGUUAUGCAGAAAUUAAUGUCUAUUUAGUAGCUAAAAAACGACCCCUUAUUGUAUAUUCAAGUUGCAAAAUCGAAGUUAUUUCGUCAUUCAUGGCUUCUGCACCUAAUUCUAGAUUAGCAAUCAUUAGUAGACACUUUACAUCAGCAACUUCUGCCUCUAAGCAUGGCCCUAAUGGUCAAAAUUUGGGGUGGAUUAAGAUAUCUCCGGAGGUUUCCAUAGCAUUAAAACAUGGAAGCCCGAUUGUUGCAUUGGAAUCGACUAUAAUAUCUCAUCGAAUGCCAUAUCCUCAGAAUUUCGAGACAGCAAAAGAGUUGGAGGUCAUUGUGAGGGAGAAUGGAGCCAUACCUGCCACUAUAGCUAUUCUGGAUGGCGUACCACGCAUAGGUGUCUAUCUGAGACUUCGCUUUAUCGUGUUCUUUUCUCUUUUCUCAUUUCUUGGCUUGACUACUGAAGAACUAGAGAAUCUAGCACGUCUUGGUAGUCAAGCUCGGAAAACUGCUAGUAGAGACAUUGCGCUUGUUAUGGCAGGCAGAGAGAAUGGGGCAACUACUGUCUCUGCAACAAUGUAUCUUGCUUCAAUGGUUGGUAUUCCAAUAUUUGUGACCGGUGGUAUUGGAGGAGUUCAUAGACAUGGAGAGAACAAUGCAAACAUAAGACUUGAGCGAAAGAGUGGAAUCUUGAUAGCAGUCCCCAUUCCAAACGAGCAUUCCGCUUCUGGAAGUUUGAUUGAGUCGGCAAUACAGCAAGCUCUCCAAGAAGCACGAGAGAAGAAGAUUAUUGGCAAUGCUGAAACUCCAUUCUUGCUUGCAAGAGUGAAUGAACUUACUGGUGGAGCAUCUCUGUCUUCAAACAUCGCACUCGUGAAAAAUAAUGCCAGUGUCGGUGCUAAAAUUGCUUUUUCGCUUGCCCAGCUUCAAAAGCAUAGCGAUAAAAGUGACAUGUGCUAAGAAGAGCGGGUGUUGUUACUUCUCAUGUUGUAAUACUCUUAUAUUUCCUUCUCCUUCCAAUCAACUAAGCAGUUUAAGCUCUUUGAUUCUGAAGGAAGCAGUGACCUCGGCAAAUAGUAAGCGUCUUGCGGCCGAUGUGAUUACCAGCCAAAGGGCAAAAAGACGGGUUGAAUGCGACUCUACCAAUACCAAACUCCUCUGGAGCAAGGAAAAGCAACUCUACCUAGUAGUACUGUAUAUGGAGCAGAAACAGUGUUCAAAAGUACUGCAUAUGUGGUGUUCAACGUGCGCUUCAUAGAGUCGAAUGUAUAGAGUAUUUCAUAUAAUUGAUUGCAACUACUUUGUGACUGAGGCAGAGUGAACACACAGUGGACAUAUUCAAUGGCUCCCACAUCUUGAUUGUGUUUUUAGAAGUCCUCAGGUGGAACUUUUCUCAUUUACUAUUUUCUACAUCACCAAUCACCAUAGGCAGCUUAGAUAAAUGCAAAAUUUCUUACUGUAUUAAUAUUAUUUUCAUAAUUUGUGGUGUCCAGGGUAGUUUGUGCACUUAUUGACUAACUAGUGAAUAUUUCCCGCUUCGCGCGGUUAUAAAUGUCAUUGAAUUUAGAAAUCUUUCAUAAA